UAUUCUCUUUUCUCCAAUUAUGGCCUGUCGCCUGUGUCCAUUAGCUGUCUCACGGAUUUCCGAGUAAUUCCGUCGAUAAUGUUCUUUGCUGAUUUAACGAGUAAUCCGCACUAUUAUAAAAAUUAAGUUGCAGUAUCGGGACUUUUUAGAUUUAGAGAGAUGUCUAAUUCACUCGUACACAAGAGCUUAGAAUUAUUGGGAUACGAGAAAAAUUUGCAGAAAGAACAAAGGAAGAAGAAGAAACGUAAGGAUAUUAGAUAUAAAGGCAUUUUGGACCUGAUUCCUACUAGACACAGGAUCGUCUCUGAAAACGACAAGACAGAUCUCGGUACUAUUUUGGGUCGAUCUAGCAGAACUACUGUUUACGAGGCUCAGAAACGUUUAGCUACUCAAAAAGAUUCUACCGACGAAAAUGUACAACGACUCCUUUUACUUAGUAAAAGUCAGAUAAAUCCUGAAACGACGAAUAACCUGUUGCAACGUGCUGUAGGACGACGAUACAUUCAACAAGAGAAACCUAAGAAAUCGGAAGAAACAGCUUUCACGGAAGAAGAUUUCAAGAAAUUUGAACAAGAGUAUGUUGAAUGAUAUCGAUAGUGACAUCGAAUUGUAAGAAAUAGCAGAAUGUACAAGCCGACAAUUCUAUUAAAAUAUAAUAGAAACGCUUAAGAAUGUUCGACAGCGAUCGUCAAAAAGGAAAA